GGUACAUCAAUUUCUCUUCCAAACCACCACCACAGCCACCGCCUCUCACCUAAAUCUGCCCACUAUUCAGCUUGCUGGUCAGCCAUACGGCGGUGAAUUCGUUCCCGGACCUUGUACACACCGCCUGUCACACUAUGGGAGCUGGCCAUGCCCAAAGUCGUUACCGAGAGCCCUAUGAUUUGCCAUUGUUAUCUAAACUUUUUUUUAAUACAGGGGAUUUAUCUGAUGGAGAUACUGCUCCUGGAGAAGUUGUUGAAAAUGAGUCUUCAAUGUAUGAUAUCUUGCUAACAACACUGAAAUCAUGCAACAACACUCCACCUGAUGUUUACAAGAAGAGAAGAAGAGAAGAAGAAGAAGAAGUAGAAGAAGGAGAAGAAGAAGAAGGUAGGAGUGACUUUAAAGAAGAAGACGACUCUAUAUCUCCUUGUGUGUCUGAGGAAGAAGAUUUUUGUGGAGAAGGAACUGGUAAUGAAUUCUCAAGAAGUCAUGUAAUAGAAAGCAAACUGCAUGAGACUAGCACAGUUAGCAUUGUGGACAAUAAUGAAGAUGCUGAAUCAGAGGAUGAUGUAGAGGAAUCUGACACAGAUCAAGAGCAAAACUUGGGUGUUGAUGCCCAAACUAUUGUCAAGGCAUCAUUGUCUACAAGUUCUUUUCAUGAACACUUGAGCUACAAGUUAUCAGAAGAAGAGGUUGAUAACCUAUCAAACAAAAAAUGGGAAUACAAAUGGGAUGUGCCUGCAUAA